CCUUUUUCCAUAGCAGCAUAGCUCUUCCCCCCUUCUAAUAUAAGCCCCUUGUUCCUUGCCUCAAUAAACACUUCAAGGCUGCCGCAUCUCCAAUUCCAUUGUUUCCUUCUACAACUUCAAAUUAUAAUACCCGUAACAUACAAACCCACGAUUAAAACACCUACCCCAACUACAAGCAAACACAGAACAGUCAGACAUCAUGGCCGACGAGAACAAGCCCCAGUCCGCCAUUGACGAAUCCCCCAUCUCCCCUAUUGAGCGAAGGAACUCACUCGAACAACACUUGAAGCAACGUCCCGAACGUUCUGAACUUGUCGAAAAGAACAUUCUACCUGCCUCAAACGCUGCUCCCAGCCUGCAAGAAAAGCAGAAGGAGCUCGAGAAGCAUAUGCGCGCCGACUCGCUAAACGACAAAAUCUCCCACCGACCAUCACCCGAAAAGCUCAUCAAGGAAGGUGUUCUUCACGAAGACCCUCGAUCGCCCGAGGAGAAAUAUGAAGAGGCUAUUGAGGAUGAAUAUGCUAAGCGGGAGGGUGGUGCUUAAAUGAUUUCCUCGGGGUUGAACCAAUAACGAUUUUACGGAU